GGGCGGGACUGAGUGGCGCGCGGUGUGCUUCUUGCUGUACGUGCCGCGAUUGUUUUCGGCAUGGAGGAAAUUUAUGCUAAGUUUGUGUCACAGAAAAUCAGCAAGACUCGCUGGCGACCGCUGCCUCCGGGGAGCCUACAGACCGCAGAGACCUUCGCCACGGGGUCCUGGGACAAUGAGGAAAAUUAUGUCUCACUGUGGUCUAUUGGAGAUUUUGGGAACUUGGACCCUGAUGGAGGGUUUGAAGGAGACCAUCAGUUAUUGUGUGAUAUCAGACACCAUGGUGAUGUAAUGGAUUUACAAUUUUUUGACCAGGAAAGAAUUGUAGCUGCUUCAUCAACAGGAUGUGUAACAGUUUUACUUCACCAUCCAAAUAACCAGACUCUGUCAGUCAGCCAGCAGUGGACAGCAGCUCACUACCACACGGGCCCGGGCAGCCCUUCCUGUAGCAGUGCACCAUGCACGGGUGUUGUGUGUAGCAACCCAGAAAUUGUCACAGUUGGAGAAGAUGGUCGAAUAAAUCUCUUCAGAGCUGAUCACAAGGAAGCUGUAAGAACUAUAGACAAUGCAGAUAGCAGUACCCUCCAUGCUGUAACCUUCCUUCGAACACCUGAGAUUCUUACAGUAAAUUCCAUUGGACAGUUAAAAAUAUGGGAUUUCAGACAACAAGGAAAUGAGCCCUCUCAGAUAUUAUCACUGACUGGUGACAGAGUGCCCCUCCACUGUGUUGAUAGACAUCCCAACCAGCAGCACGUUGUAGCUACCGGUGGCCAGGAUGGAAUGUUGAGUAUUUGGGAUGUUAGACAAGGUACAAUGCCUGUGUCCCUCUUGAAGGCUCAUGAAGCUGAAAUGUGGGAAGUUCACUUUCACCCAUCCAACCCAGAUCAUCUAUUUACUUGUUCUGAAGAUGGAUCUCUCUGGCAUUGGGAUGCCUCCACAGAUGUACCUGAGAAAUCAUCACUCUUUCACCAAGGAGGAAGAAAUAGUACUUUUUUGUCUCACAGCAUUAGUAACCAGGCUAAUGUUCACCAAUCUCUGAUAAGUUCCUGGCUCAGCACUGAUCCUGCCAAAGACCGUAUUGAAAUCACAAGCUUGCUUCCCAACAGGACUUUGUCUGUGAACAGUUUGGAUGUUUUAGGUCCUUGUCUUGUUUGUGGAACCGAUGCAGAAGCAAUUUAUGUUACUAGACAGCUUUUUUCAUGAAAAUACUAUAAGAUUUCAUGUAAAACAUACAGUUGGAACCUUUCAAAUUCCAACUUCUAUGCAAAUUUUCAUUAUUGGAAAAUGUGAAAUUUGCAGGGGAAGCAUCCGUAAACUGUUGUUAAUGUCGAUGCCCAGUUUUGGCUUUUGUUAACUGAAUCCUGCUCUAACAGUUAGUCGCUAGAGUCUGAUUGAUGACUAAUGGCAAAAUAAUUGGAAUGUAUGGAAGAACAUCAGGAAUCCUUGUGGUCAUAAAUGCACUGCCUUCAAACAGACAAUUCUGGACAGCUUAUGGAAUCAGCUCUUCAUUUUUUGAUGUUGUAGAGCUUAAUAAUGUCAUACAAUUUAAUAAUAAUGCUACCAAGGAGUUUCUAGCCUUUUUAUGAAUAGUAUAUGGGGCAUACCGCUCCCUGGUGGCAUUAGCCAGUGUUAGUAUUUAUUCUUUUUACUGCAAGUAUUUUUUUCAAUUCUUCCACAUUUUAUUUCCUUAAUAAUUUCAAUACACUUUUUCCAGAAAGAA